UUGGGCCUGCCUUGUGCGGUGCCAUUUACCCAACCGCCUUUAAACAAACAGGGCCUUUAUUUAGUUAAGAUAAUCUUACGCAAGCCGCAUUACUCAUAUUGGGAGCUGCCAAGAAACAUAAAAAUCACUCCUCAAAGAAGAUGUCGACAGAAGAGGAAGAGAAUGCCGCGGAGCUUAAGAUCGGAGAUGAGUUUCACAAGGCCAAGUGCCUGAUGAACUGUGAAGUUGCUUUGAUUCUUGAACACAAGUAUGAGCAGUUUCAGCAGAUGUCUGAGGAUCCAUCAAAUCAUAUGUCUCAAGUCUUUGAGAAGUCGCUCCAGUACGUUCAGCGUUUUAGUCGAUACAAGAACCCGGAUGCAGUCAGACAAGUUCGGGAAAUCCUGAGUAGGUAUCAACUUACUGAGUUUGAGCUAUGUGUUUUGGGAAAUCUCUGCCCAGAAACAGUGGAGGAAGCCAUUGCCAUGGUCCCGUCUAUUAAGAACAGAGGACGCUCGCUGGAUGAUGAGGCGAUUGAGAAGAUGUUAAACGACCUUUCCUUGAUCAAAAAAUUCGAGUAGCGCGAGUUGUCCCCGUGUUCAUUUGGUUUGCCUCUGGCUGUGGCUGAAAAGGCAAAUCUAAUUUGCAAUGGCUAGAUCGAGAGAACUGUCCCUAAAAGAACUGCGCAAUAUAAUUUGUGUAAAUUUUACUUGCAAGUGUAACCUUGAAUUUACUGGACUGGUGUGUCUGCUAGAUGUCUCGAAUCUAUUACAUUUACAUAAUUCGUAAUUAAAGUGCGUUAUGAAUUGGUGUUUUGUCAUAAUUAAUCAUGUUCUAUAGUUCUAUACAUAUUUCUAACCAAAAAUUGUGCAAUAUUUAGCAGUCUAUUCAGAGAAAUACAAACACUAUAUAUGAAUUCAGCUUAGGCAUGGACCGGGCCUGGGCUGGGCUGGGCUCCGGGCCGGUUCAAGCCGGGCUUUUUUCCAGAUGUUGGGUCCGGAACCAGCCUGGGUUGAUACUGGGUCCACGCCAAACUGGGCUGGUCCGGGACUCCGGGUCAGGCCGGUCCAAUGUAUAAUUUUUUUUUUGCUUUCUAAUUAACCCCGACCCCCCUCACCCCCACCCCUCAAACCUCCCCAAAACACCCAGGUCUACCCAAGGAAAAGAAAAAAAAAUUGAAAAAACAAAAAAAUGAACCGGGCCGGUUCAAGAAAAACAGAGCCUGGCCUGUCAGGCCUGCCCAACCCGGGCUAAAGCCCGGAACCAACCAUCAGGGCCUGCACAGUAGCGAGCCGGCCCGGUUCACGGCCCGGUUCGGUCCACCCCUAAUUCAGCUUGAGAAAAUUGGUUUUAAUCAAGAUCAUGUUAUAAUAAUGAGAUCCAAACUCUCCU